CUCUCUCCUCUCCCCCGCAAAUCCCCCCCAAAAAAAAAAAAAACCCGCCACCGCGAGCACGCCGCGCGCCUGCUUCCUCCACCUGCGCCGGGCGAGAAGAUGAUGCUCCCCCGGCUCCUCCUCCUCGUCGUUGCCUCCGCGCUGCCGCUCGCUUCCGUCGCUGCGGGCGCCGUCGGCGUCGGCGAGGGGUUCUGCUCGGCGGAGCCGUCGGCGGCGUCGGGCGGCUGCUCCGGCGUGCGGCCGCCGCUCUACUGGAAGGCCACCAACCCGACUCUGGCGCCCGCGCACCUCCAGGAUUUACCUGGCUUCACACGUAGUGUUUACAAAAGGGAUCAUGCUUUGAUUACACCAGAGAGCCAUGUAUUCAGCCCUUUGCCUGACUGGAUCAACACAUUAGGAGCAUAUUUAAUUAGUCCAGCUAUCGGGGCACAUUUCACAAUGUACCUGGCAAAAAUGCAUGAUGGAUCAAAAUCAGCCCUACCACCAAAAGGUGUUGAAAGGCUUAUCUUUGUACUCCAAGGAAGCAUUCUAUUGUCUGAGGAGAGUGGGAAUACCCAUACUCUGCUGGUGGACUCUUAUGCCUAUCUUCCUGCAAACAUGAAACACUCUGUGAUCUCAGAUGAAGUAACUACCCUUGUAAUCUUUGAGAGGAGGUACACAACCAUUGAGGGUUACCAUCCUGAUCUCAUUGUUGGAUCAACUGAUAAGCAACCCCUUCUUGAAACCCCAGGAGAGGUAUUUGAGUUGAGGAAGCUGCUACCCACUUCUCUGCCUUAUGACUUUAAUAUCCAUAUAAUGGAUUUUCAGCCUGGGGAAUAUCUUAAUGUGAAGGAGGUUCAUUACAAUCAACAUGGGUUGCUGCUUUUAGAGGGACAAGGAAUAUACCGAUUGGGAGACAGCUGGUACCCGGUGCAAUCAGGGGACACCAUUUGGAUGGCACCGUUUGUGCCUCAAUGGUACGCUGCCCUUGGAAAAACCAAGACGAGGUACUUGCUGUAUAAAGAUGUCAAUAGGGAUCCACUGAUAUGAGGAAUGCAACAUUUCCUGACCGAUGGUAAUAGAUCAAAUUGGAGAGCUAUUACGCUGGUCUUGAAGAGUCCCUGUGGAAGAUGAUCUCAGAAAAAAAUAAAUCUUCUUUCUCGCUGAUGAACCCUUCAAAAUGAUGAAUCGACGCAAGAAUCUCAGAUCUGUACAUGGAAUGGUCAAGCUACCCACUUGUUCUUAUUGGUCAAUAUGAAUUCAGAAAAAAAGUUGCUGUACUAUUUUCUGGACAGAACUGGGCUAUGCUGUGACUCUUCGGAAAUCUGUAUUGGCUAACCCCUUGAAAUGUCGAAAUAAUGCGUCGCUGUAAUGAAACCAGGUACCUGAUUCCAAGAUUAGUGCCUUUUUUUUUCCUUUUAAUUGCAGAGCAUCAAAUAUGUGGCGACAUGUCGAACAUCAAUGUUUGGGUAUCUGAAGAUGCCUUUUAAAAAUGGAAAUGAACUGCUUUAACAAUAUUUGCAAGAAGAAACAUGAUUACUCUUUGGCUU